AUGAACAUUCAAGUACAGUCUAACAACAUUCUACCUUCAAAUAGACUACUAAAUAAAAACAACAAUCAUUAUAAUUAUAACAACAAUAAUUACGAGUACAGCAAUAAUUAUAACAAUGUUAUCACCAACAAGGUUGAUGAUGUAAACAACAAUCAUACCAAUAGUGACAACUUUAAUAACAACAUCAACAACACCAACAACAACAUCAACAUCAACAAUAACAACAACAACAGUGCAAACACUGUAGAUACCAAUGCUACAACCCACAGCGCAAAUACCAGUUGCGAUUGGAACAUCAUCAAUAGUGACAACCCUAACAACAACAUCAACAACACCAACAACAACAUCAACAACAACAGCAUCAACAAUAACAACAACAACAGUGCCAACAAUGUAGAUACCAACGCCACAACCCACAGCGCAAAUAUCACUUGCAAAUGGAACAUCAUCACAAGAAGCAAGAAGAACCACAGCGAUGAUAAUAAUAAUAAUAACGUUAACAAUAAUAAUAAUAAUAAUAAUAAUAAUGUUUUUAAAUAUUGCCAAAAUAAUAUUAAUAAUAUGUAG